AUAUUCUUUCCAAGUUCAGUUACCAAAUGCCUAAUUAAUUCUUUUAAACAAAAAAAUGAUUUUGUUUCCCAUUUUCUCCUUGUUUCUCCGAAAAGCAAAGGGUAUAGAGCCAAAAAACUAUUGCAAUUUUUCCUUUUUAUCUUUGUUUGGACCACUAAUUUGCUCCUAUUUUUUUUUUCACCCGUCACAAUAUGAAAAUAAAUAUCUAUUUUUCAGAGAGAAGAAAAAUUUAAGAAACCAGUGGCAUGUAUUCUCCUAAACUUCUUGUGGAUCAGGAAACUCUCUUCUAUUCAGUUUUGUUCUUCUUUUAUUGCAUGCUCAUCAAUCUUUCUGCCUCUGGCUCAAAUUAAAAUAAAAACAAAUGCACAAAGAAACUCAACAAGGCAAAAAAUACCCAAAAUUGUUUGAUGACUGAACAAAAAGUAGCAAAAGAACAAAAUUUGAGAUAGCUAGAGCUUCAUCCAGUUCCAUUGGUAUCAAAAUGGCAAGAGCAAUUGGGUUCUCAAGCUUUCCAUCUUCUUCAUAUCUUAGUUGGAACUCCAGAGCCACCUCUCCUUCAUUCUCCUGCACACUGUCAAUGCAAAUGGUCAGUAAAUCACUUGUUUCUCGUGCAUGUGUCACCUGUUCAGCUGUACAAGAAUCGUCUAGUCCUACAGCCACUGCUGAAACAAAGGCAACCACUCCUGCUGAAGCAAAACCAUCAGCCGCUGCCGAAACAAAGGCCGCAGCUGCUGGUGGGAAAGAGGAAGUGAAGGCAGCCCCAAAAGCAGCUCCAGCAAGGCCCAAACCCGCAGCAAAGGCUCCUGCCAAACCACUGCCAGAGUUGAUGGUGGAGGAUGUUAUCCCUUCUUUGAAAACAAUACUUGAAGCUCAAGAUGAUCUAUCUGCAAUUGAGCUCUCUUUCCAAGACAACAAGUUGGAAGGUUCAUUCCUGAAGAAGGGCUGUCCCUACUCGUUCUGGGCCUUCUUCCCUAGUGGAGUCCUCACGGGGCCAAAAGGUUUUUCGUUGUCUUCAUAUGGCUCAGGAGCAAGCACAGUCGAGCCCUUCCUCGUUGAUGAGAAGAAAAUUACAGCAAAGCAUUUAGUCUUCUGGGUUGAAAAGCGUUUGGCAGCCCAAGGAAUUAUUCCUGUCUGGAAAGAAUGAUCUGUAGCAUAAAAGCAUGCUAUGUAAUUAUUCAUGCCCGAAAACAAUUGCUCACAUACGAAAAUUUCCAAUUCAUUUAACAUGAAGAUACUACCAAACCGAAUGUAUCAUUUUUGUUAUGUAAUUAAAAUAGAGGAUUCUGUUCGAUGUUAAUCGAGGAGAAUGUUAAGAACACGGGUUA